AUGGAAAUAGCCGAACAUGAUGUCACCACUACGAACAAUAACUACGAAAGCCACAAUGUUCAAGCAAAACCGGCAACAAACUUCAGCGACGGAAACCGUUCUUCACUAAAAUUCCAUGUUCGUGAUGUCAAUAUCGCCCAAUUGAAGUGUAGGGAGCCUACCACCUCUCCGGGCCCACAAACCCCAAUACACCGCUCCUACUCCUCUCCAACCCCCUCACUCCUCCCCACUUUCCACCCGCAUGGCUACCGCACCCUCCGCUUCGACACAACAGGCCAUGGCUCCUCCCAACCCGGCCCAACCCUCGAAGGAUCAGACUCAACAACCCUCCAAUCCCUAGCAAACGACCUCCACCACCUCCUCACGGCCCUGCACAUACCAAAAAUCGACUUCGUCCUCGGCGUCUCCCUCGGCGCCGCAACCCUCCUCUCUCUCUUAGCAACCCACCCAUCCCCCCCAAAAGCUCAACUAAUCCUCAUCUCAAUGCCGCUCUGGGCCCCCGUCCUCCCAGGCCUCGACGACCCCUUCGCCGUCCGCCUCGAACUCGCACGCAAAAACUCCAACGACAUCAGCAUCGUGACCGAGCAGACGUUGGAGCAAUGGCUCGCCGCCUGCUGGCCCGCACCGGGAGAACGGUGCAGAGAUGCAGCGUUGAGGGAUAGGUCGUUUGAUUCGCGGCCGCUGUUGGCGAGGGUGGCAGGGGAAGCGGGAACGGAGGGGAGGGCGGUGGGGAGGGUAAUGUUUGUUGUUGGGGGGAUGGAUGGGGUUGAUGUGGAUAUGAAGAGGACGGGAGGAGGGGUGGUGGUGGUGGAGAGGGCCCUUGAGAUGGAGGCGAAGGGAGAGGGAGGUGGAGGAGGAAAGGCGGAUUGGGCGGUUUUUCAGAGGUCAGGUCAUUUGCCGAUGACAGAUAAUGCGGAGGAGUUUUUGAGGUUUGUUUUAGAGGUUUUAGAGAGUGAAGAGAUCCACCCGUAG